AUGGGCGCUACAAACGAGUUUGUCUUCAACGUUGCCUUCACGGUGCCCGUCAACGACCAGCCCGAGGGCCCGAUCAUCACCCUCGAGGAAUUCUGGCGGGGUCUUGAGCGUGGGGGCGAACGCCCUCACCUUUUCGCCGAGUAUGUCGCGGGCACCGAGAUCCUGCCGAACCGCAAGUCGAAGAAUGAGUUCCAACGAAAACUGUCCAUGGCCGAUGGCGCCGUCCACACCGCAAGAGAUGUGAAAGUGAUUCAGGACGUGCGUAACGCGGACAAUCUCCUGACCGAAGCCAUCACGCUUGGCUCGGGGGCACGGAGCACAAUGCUUGUCUCCCGCGGAGGCCACGAGAAGGACGGACCGGACGUGCUAUAUCUGACGGCGAUCUACGAGCUCCAUGUACCAGACGUUGAACCGGGCAGUGACAAGGCCAAGCAGAUCGAACGGGACUACGCGCAACUGGCACAGGGGGCGGCGCGCACGGUGGUGGCCACGAUCCGCAAGUGGAAGGCCGAGGGAGGUCUUGAAGAGCCCUAG